UCCCUAACUUUGGUCUGGUCGACUUUCUGUUUUGCUGUGAUUUGACUGCUUGGUCUCAGCUUAGCUAUGUGAUUCGGUCCGGACACUCCUCGCUCUACCACACAACUCCCCGUUCUCCUUCCCUUCUUUCCCGCCGGGGGAACAACAGACAGCUUCAUUUAGCUGUGUUGACGGGCGUUGCUCUCCGGGGUGGAAGAUGUCCGCUGACUUCUCUGGUCCGUGGGCACUUUAAAGAAGGGAUUUCCCAGGGAGCUUCAUCGGGAAAAGUCCGACGUUUUUAGUCGUGCUCCGGCUGCUCAUGGUAUCAAAAGCUGGGGGGCUCCCAUUUGAAAAGUGAGACUGCAUGGCCGUGAAAGAGUGCUCUGGACCAUUAAUGUGAAGUUAGAGAGUAUGUUUAUUGUGCCAGGCCAAGGUGGGGACGGAGAGGAGAUGCCAUCUGGCUAGCAGCGCUAACGUUUGUGGACCGCAGCUAGGUCGCAAGUCACAGAUUACUUAGCGCAUUAGUGGGCAACACAGUAUCGUGCAAUCGAUAUCAUUUGUUUUUGAAACACUUCAGUUUGCUUUCAGUUGGGAAAAAUAUUUACGAAGAAUGACAGCUAAGAUUAGACGAAAUGGAGGCUAGCUUGUUGGGAAAUUUUCGCCUCCAGCAGUCACGUCGCUAAGCUAGCUGUUUGUCAACAUAACAACAAAUGCCUAUUUCUCUUCUGUCCUCUGACAGAACGGACUAAAUAAACUGUUUACUAAUAAUACACUCACGUUUAACACAUUUUUAGACCGGCUACCGUUCAAUGAAUGUUUGUCGUGUUGAUGUGUUUUACAGUCUAGCAGGUGAACAAGCAUGACAGCUAGUUAGUAACAGAAAAGGUGUGAUAUUGGCACAUUUUCGUUUGAGCAUUUCUACUUUAAGGCUCUGCUUGAGACCUGCUUAACCUGUCAAAUCGCAACAAGAAGAAAGUAGCAGCACGUUCUGUUCACCAUGGAGGGAAAUGUACAACAGAAAAUGACUCCUUUAGCUCGGGAACUGACGAGAAUAUUUAACAGCUACAACAAACACUCCAUACAGCUGAAGAAGAACCUAAAGGAGACUAAUAUUUUCCUACGGGAAAUAAGGCAAAACUACAGCAAUGCUUGUGCAUCGACCAUAAGCUCAGAUUCAGCUUCUCUGGAGGCAGGCCAGCUUAGCUGCAUCUGUUUCCCAACUCAUGAGGAAGAGUUCCUACGCAACACAGUGGGUGCUGCCCCAUACCUUCUGGUGCUGGGCCAGGACUGUGCUGCCCGCUACCAGCUACUUAACUGCCUUCUGGGGGAGAGGCUGCUGCCUCUUGGGCCAGGGGCCGGAGAAGCUUGCAAGGGAGUCCAGGGCACUGUCUGUAAGAGACGAAAGUUGUGUUUCACCCAUGGGAGACAGACACGGCUUAGCCUGGCACUUCCUGGCCAGUAUGAGCUGGUGCAUCAGUUGGCUGCAAACCGUGGCCGCUGGGAUACAGUUCCUAGGGAAGACCUGGAGAUCCACGAGGAGUGUGAAGAUCCGGCUCAUAGGCUAGCAGAGCUGGAAAUCACCUUGCAUCACCCACUGCUUCAGGAAGCAAAGGUCAUGGUGGUGCCCUGUUCGAGUGUCCAGCCCAUUGAAGAGGCGCUGGAAGACUGCACGUGCAACGUGAUUCCUAUCGUGCUCUAUGCCAUCAACCAGGACUCCCUAAGCCCGGAGCAGGUGGCUGAGCUGCGGAACGUCAAAGAGAUGCUCUCCUUUCCCAUCUGUUUUGUUCGCAUCCCUGACUCCACAAUCGCAGCCUCUCCAGAACCCUGCCGCCGGGUGGAGAAGGAAAAGGAGAGGGAAAAAAGUGCCCUCCACAAACAACUACUCUCGCUUGGCCUCCUAAAUAGCCCGACUGGAAACUGCUCCUGUGGUGCCCCGACACAGAUGACUGCCCCGGGUGCUAAGCCCCAAAGCAUGUUGGGUGAAUCUUUUGAAAGACUGCAUCGAUUACUGGUGCCAUUUGCCCGCCAAGUGCUCCAAAACCAACAGGUGGAGGCUGCCAACCUGCUUAAUGGGCUCCACUGUCGAUGUCUGGAUCUUUUCAUCAACCAGGCCUUUGACAUGCAGAGGGACUUGCAAAUUACUCCCCGCAGGCUGGAGUACACCCGUGAGAAAGAGGGCGAACUCUUCAACUCCCUUAUGGCCAUUGCUAACCGCAAACAGGAAGAGAUGAAGGAGAUGAUAGUGGAGACUCUUGCCAGUAUGAAAGAGCAGCUACUGGAGGACGCAGCCAAUCUAGAGUUCACAGACAUCAUUGUAACAACCAAUGGAGAGCCUGUUACGUCAAAGGAGAUUAAAUCCUGCAUCCAUCUGAUCCAGGAACUGAUAGUCGUGCGUUUGAAUCAGGCAGUUGCGAAUAAGCUGAUCAGCUCUGUGGACUAUCUGAGGGAGAGCUUUGUGGGAACUCUGGAGCGUUGUCUCAACAGUCUGGAGAAGUCCAACUUCGAGUCCUCUGUUCACAAUAUUACAUCUAACCAUUUAAAACAGUUAUUAAAUGCUGCCUAUCAUGUGGAGGUCACCUUUCAUUCAGGAUCCUCUGUCACAAGACUCGUCUGGGAACAAAUCAAACAGAUCAUCCACAGGAUAACGUUUGUGAACCCUCCCGCCAUCAGUCCAGAAUGGAAGCGUAAAGUUGCCCAGGACGCCAUAGAAAGCCUCAGCGCCGCCAAACUGGCACGGAGCAUCUGCUCCCAGUUCAGAACCCGGCUCAACAGUUCCCACGAGGCCUUUGCAGCAUCUCUCCGCCAGCUGGAAGAAGGGCACACAGGGCGUCUGGAGCGCACUGAAGACCUGUGGCUGCGUGUGAGGAAGGACCACGCCCCUCGCCUGGCCCGCCUGUCUUUGGAGAGCCGCUCCCUGAGGGAUGUGCUGCUGCAUGGCAAGCCUAAGCUUGGGCGAGAGUUGGGUCGGGGCCAAUAUGGAGUCGUGUACUUGUGUGACAGCUGGGGAGGACACUACCCGUGUGCCCUGAAGUCUGUGGUUCCACCCGAUGAUAAACACUGGAACGACUUGGCUUUAGAGUUUCACUACACAAGAUCUCUGCCAAAGCAUGAGCGACUUGUUGACCUGCACGGCUCUGUGAUCGAUCACACUUACGGGGGUGGCUCUAGCAUUGCGGUGCUGCUUAUCAUGGAGCGCCUGCACCGAGAUCUCUAUACAGGCUUAAAGGCUGGUUUAUCACUGAAAGAGAGACUUCUGAUUGCUGUGGAUGUGGUGGAGGGGAUUCGUUUCCUGCACAGUCAGGGUCUCUUGCACAGAGACAUAAAGCUGAAAAAUGUUCUAUUGGACAAACAGAACCGUGCAAAGAUCACUGACCUUGGCUUCUGUAAACCAGAGGCCAUGAUGUCUGGCAGCAUUGUUGGAACGCCCAUCCACAUGGCUCCAGAGCUGUUUACAGGAAAGUAUGAUAACUCAGUUGAUGUCUAUGCCUUUGGGAUCCUGUUCUGGUACCUCUGCACUGGUUCAGUGAAACUUCCAGAAACUUUUGAGAAGUGUUCCAGCAAGGACCAGCUCUGGAACAAUGUUAAAAAAGGGGCUCGGCCGGAGCGGCUGCCCAGUUUCGAUGAGGAAUGCUGGCAGUUGAUGGAAGCCUGCUGGAACGGGGACCCUUCCCAGAGACCACUGCUCGGCAUUGUGGAGCCCAGCCUGCAAAGCAUCAUGGACAGGCUCUGCAACUGCGGUUCCGAGCAGAAAAGCAGCAGCCUUGAAGACUCAAACUGAAAACACUCCAGACAAACUAACAUAUAUGUGAUAGGGAUUCUUAUCAGAAAAGUGUUUUUGUUGUAUUUAU